UGGGGGACAGGGUCUGCAGCAGGACAUCUCUCGGUGCAGGAGGCAAAGCUGCAACACAGAGCAGGGAGCACCAACCUGCCUCAGGAUCGGUCUGUCUCUCUGUCCCUCAGCUCUCUCCAGGGACACAUUUGCUCUUCAAACACACUCUGUGCCUACAGCUCCCACCACCCUGCUGGUGCCCUCCCAGUGGCACGGCACGGGAAGGCCGCCCCACCUCAGCAAUAGCGCCCAGCACAGUGGCUUUAAGGCCCCUGUGCAAAGACUGGUCACAGCCCAUCUCCAGAACAGACAUGGCUGUGUUAGAGAUGUCCCGGGAUGCACUGGGACAUUUUGUUACACCACGGCCGGUGCAAAUUCUGCCGGGCACAUCCCCCUGAGGCUGAGCCCCAUGGAUCCCCUUCUGCUGGAACAAAGUCCCCUCUUCCCAGCCGUCCCCAGCCACCAGCAUGGAAAGGCUGACGGCCCUCCAACAGCUCUGUGUCAGGGCCAAGCUGAGGCAGCCCAAGGAUCAAGCCGGGCAGCCUCCAUGGCAGCAGUUCAGCCCACAGGGAGGGAUGGAGCGGACUCAGGCUUACCUGGUUCCUGGAGGAAAGGGAGGCCAGAGACGAGGAUGCAGAGCCGGGAGCAGCGCAGCCUUUUAUGCCGGGUCCCAGAGCCCUGUGGGGCCACAAACAUUCCUUGUCUGUGAAACAUCCAAACUCCUGGGAGUGGCCACUUGCGAGGCCUCGCUCCUGAUGAGGUCCCUGCCUCUUUCAUCUCUCGCAUUUUUCACCAGUUUCACACCAACCUACGUGGAAAUUAUUCCUGUGUUUCCAGGCUUACUAAGGGCACUUCAUUUCAAGGUCCCAAGCCAGUGUAUGAGGGCUCUGGGACCCGGCAUAAAAGGCUGCGCUGCUCCCGGCUCUGCAUCCUCGUCUCUGGCCUCCCUUUCCUCCAGGAACCAGCUUUGCCUCCUGCACCGAGAGAUGUCCUGCUGCAGACCCUGUCCCCCACGGCCCUGCGGCCCCUGUGGCCCAACCCCCCUUGCAAGCAGCUGCAGUGAGCCCUGCCUCGCCCGCUGCGCCGACUCCAUGUUCUACAUCGAGCCUUCGCCGGUGGUGGUGACCUUGCCGGGCCCCAUCCUCACCUCUUUCCCUCAGAGCACAGCCGUGGGAUCCUCUCUGUCAGCUGCUGUGGGCAGCUCCCUCAGCACCUCGGGAGUUCCCAUCUCUUCUGGGGGCUCCCUUGGCCUGGGGGGCUCAGGCCUGUGUCUGCCUUUCCCCCGCUGCGGUCAGAUCUGCUGAGGCCGGCGCAUCGUCCCCGCUGGCCCUGGCAAAUGGGCCCUUCUCUUUCCCUCCCUGGCCCCCCACACGUGUUCCUUGGUCUCUGUUCUGUGCCGCUGCUUUUGCUCCUUCUCAUUAAAGCCUUUGUGCAGCAUU